AUGGCGUCCCGCUGGGCAAACGACGAAGCAGACAAGGCCGAAGAGCUACGCCGAAAGAAAGAAAAGGAAGAGAAGAAGCGCCUAAAAUUGCAGAAACAACAGCAAGAAGCAGAGGCGGCAGCGCGCGUGGUGCAAGAAGCAGCAGAUUCGCGUCCCGCGAAGCGUAGAAGACUGUCAACAGGCGAUGAUGAUGAACAAGUACCCAAAGAAAAUGAGACUCAAGAAGAGCGAACACUACUGCGCUUCGAGGGUGGAGGCUGGACCUCAUGCCGACACACAUCCAACUUUGAGACUCUGAACCACAUUGAAGAAGGCUCGUAUGGCUGGGUUUCACGAGCGCGUGAUAUAACCUCCAACACCGUGGUGGCUUUGAAGAAAGUGAAGAUGGACUACAACCAAGACGGGUUCCCCAUUACAGCCCUACGCGAAAUCUCGAUUCUCCAACGUUGUCGACACAAUAACAUUGUCAAUCUCCACGAGAUACUCUCAGGCGACGAUCCCCAGGAAUGCGUCUUGGUCAUGGAGUUCCUCGAACACGACCUCAAGACGCUGCAGGAAGACAUGAGCGAGCCAUUCAUGGCAUCCGAAGUCAAGACGCUGUUGCGUCAACUGGUUUCCGGAGUCGGAUAUCUACACGAAAACUUCAUCAUGCACCGGGAUCUCAAGACAUCAAACAUUCUGCUCAACAACAGAGGACAGCUCAAGAUUGCAGACUUUGGCAUGGCACGGCAUGUCCCGCCUUCUAACGCGCCUCUCACACAACUCGUGGUCACGCUCUGGUACCGGGCGCCCGAACUGCUUCUUGGCACCCGGGACUACGGGACUGAAGUCGACAUGUGGAGCAUUGGCUGUAUAUUCGGGGAGCUGUUGGCCAAAGAGCCCUUGCUGCAAGGCAAGAAUGAAGUCGACGAGCUCUCGCUCAUUUUCUCGCUGUGCGGAUUACCCUCUGAGAAGACGUGGCCGCAAUUCUACCGGCUGCCCAAUGCAAAGAGCCUCAAGAUGCCCCGAGACCACCGCAAUGUACCUGGCUUUAAUCGUGCAAAGUUCCCCUUUCUCACGGCCUCGGGCGUAGAUCUGCUUUCUUCAUUGCUCACGCUCAAUCCGGAAUACAGGCCAACGGCGAAGGAGAUCCUGGCCCACCCGUAUUUCAAAGAGCAGCCAAAGCCUAAGCCCACAGAGAUGUUCCCCACGUUUCCCAGUAAGGCCGGGCAGGAGAGAAGGCGAAAGAAGAGCCCAAAUGCGCCAAAGAGGGGUGAGGCGCCUGGCAUGCAGAGUAGUCUGGAUUUUAGUAGCAUUUUCAGGGCGAGGGAAGACGAAGAAAAAGGGGCCGGGUUUCAACUGAAGAUGACUUGA